AUGCCGCAGAAUGUGUUCUAUGAGGUUGCCGAUCAAGUGGGCGCUAGUUACAAUCCAUGGCUAGGAGUUUACGAAUUUGACUGCUCGGUGCUGCAGACUGGCGGGCUGCCAUCAAUGAUAUUCACGAUUGGUGAAUACGAGUACAUCGUGCCUUCGACAGAAUAUGUUAUAAAGGUAUCCAUGGUUAAGUGGUCCGUUUGGGGUAUCGACCAAUGCAAUCAAAACUGA